UAUAACAGGUGGGACCAGGUAUUAAUUGUAUAGUAAACAACUAUUAUAUAAAUUAAAUAUUACAUUGGCUAUAGAUGAUUUGGUACUAGUGAGCUAUACUGUUAAACUUCUCUCAUAAAGCAUACGGCAGAGCAUUUUCUCCAGCGAUCCUCUAAAAUCUACUUGCAGCCUCCAAGGGUAGGCCCACCAGAGCCCACAGGAUCCGAGACGUGGAUUUUUAGAGCCCACAGUCCCUCAACCACAAAACUGAAAUGUUCGUCCCUAAAAUUUCACUAACCGUGCAAAAAAGUCCUAUGGCAGUAUACGUGGGUGGUUUUGCUGACGUGGCAUCCUAGUUAGCAAAAAUAAAUAAAUAAAGUACGUGGGGCCCACAUGUAAGUGAGAGAAAACGGUGCGGGCCCCACAUUCCUUCUUUUUUUCCCCUUUCUUCUCUUCUCCCGUCUUCUUCGACGAGCCGAGACGGGCAGCGCAACGGCCGGCGAGAGUGGCGGCGGCGGAGGGCGAGCGCGGCCGCGGCAGGUGAAGCAGGCAGGAGCAGGGCGACGGCCGGCGAGAGCGGCGGCGGACUGCGGGCGACCGCGACGGGAGGUGGGGGCGGGAUCCGAGACGGGCUCCUGCUCCGGGAGGGGAUCCCCACGGCCAACAGAGAUGUCGCCGCCGGUGGCGGAAGAAUCAGAAGGGGGUGGCGGUCGAAUGCCUGAGUCGAUGGAUCAUCCUCCGGUGGUGGAGGAAUCAGAAGCCAGACGGCAACAGCGACGGCCGGGCGACGGGAAACUUCACCAGCACGGCCAGAUCGACGGCGCCGUCGACGUGGAGUGGAGAGCGGGUAUGCCACGCACCUCUACUCCUAGCCCUAGGUCGCUUUGCCCACUGUUCUUCUCGCCGCUGGUUCCCACCGCUGCCAUCGUACUCAUCGGAGGAGCCUAGCGUGGUGGUGCGCCGUAGCGGCGGGAGCGGACGGAGCUCCGGGCUCGGGUAGUCAGGUGGUCGGCCCUGUCCACGCCGCCUGCAAGUGACCGCCCUUCUCCCCGCGCCCCGCCGGAGAGGGGGAGAGGAGGCCGGGCGGAAGAGGGGGAAAGAGGCGAACCCUCGCCGCCGCUCGCCCUGCGCUCCCCCCCCCCCCGGCGUCCCCCGUCCCUCUGCUCCGGCCGCGCACCGCCCACUCUCGGAGCCGCCGCUUGCCCGCCGUCGCACUCGCCCGCCGCUUGCCGCAGCCGCACUCGCCUAGAGACGCCGCCGCUCCGCCUGUUCUAGCGCGCUGACGCAGCCCCUCCACCUACUCCAGCCGUGCGCUUGCCCAUCGCCGCCCGCCGCCGGCAAAGGGAGAGGAGAGGAAAGAGAAGAGGAGAGAAAAGAGAAGAGAAAAUAAACUGUAGCUGACAUGUGGGCCCCACAAAAAUUUUUUAAUUUUUUUUUGCUGACUAGGAUACCACGUCAGCGAAACCACCCACGUAUACUGCCGAGGGACCUCCGGUGAAUGGUUUGAAUAAGUUUAGGGGCGAAUAUUUCUGGUUUUAUAGUUGAGGGACCUAAAAAAAAUCUCGCUGUUAAGUUGAGGGACCUCCGGUGAACUUAUUCCAAACACGUCCCUUCAUUUCCUUCGUAGUCGUCUCGCGUCUCCCUUCCUCCCCCCCUAAACCUGCGGCAAAAGUAAAACCCUACCUACAGCAGCAGCGGGCCAGCGGCGAGCAGUGUCCUGCCAUGUCUCCCGCCGGCAACCCGUCGCGGUCAGCCUCCGCCUCCGCCAUCUUGGCCCAUACGGCCACUGGAUACCACCUACUCAAGAUCAAUGGCUACUCCCUUACCAAGGGCACCCCCACCGGCUCGUUCCUCACUUCCAGCCGGUUCACCGUCGGUGGUCACCGCUGGCGGAUCUAAUACUACCCCAACGGGGCAUCCGUCGACGCCGCUGAUUACAUAUUGAUCUACCUCGUACUAGAUGAAAAGAGCAACGCGGAUUUUUCGGUGCAGGCGAAGUACCAGAUUAGUUUCGCUAACCAGGUGAAGAUGCAACCUUCGUUAAAAUACAUUAUGGUAAGAACUUUUAUUCGUGGGUGUUCUUGGACUUGGGGCUAUAAGAAGUUCAUCAAAAGGGAAGAUUUCGAGAAGUCUGACGAUCUCAGGGAUGACUCGUUCACCAUCCGGUGCGACAUUCUCAUCCUCCGCAAGAUCCGCGCCGAGGAGACGACCGAGAUACUCCCCGCUGCUGAAUCCUUUGUAUCCGUGCCCCCGUCUGACAUGAACCAGCAGUUCGGUGACCUGCUGGAGACCGAGAAGGGCGCGGAUGUGGUGUUCGAGGUCGGCGGCCAGACGUUCGCGGCGCACCGGUGCGUGCUCGCGGCGCGGUCGCCGGUCUUCAGAGCGGAGCUCUACGGCCUGAUGAAGGAAGGCGACACUGCUGGAGUCGUGCGCGUUGAAGAAAUGGAGGCGCAAGUGUUCAAGGUGUUGCUCCGCUUUCUGUACACUGACUCUUUGCCGGAGAUGAAGGAGGAAGACGUCAUGUGCCAGCAUCUGCUCGUCGCGGCGGACCGGUACAACCUGGAGAGGCUCAAACUGAUCUGCGAGGAGAAGCUGUGCAAGUACAUUAGCGUGGGCACCGUGUCGAACAUCCUGGCGCUGGCUGAUCAGCACCGCUGUGACGGGCUGAAGAAAGCGUGCUUCAAUUUUCUUGGCUCACCGGCGAACCUGAGUGCUGUCGUCGCCGGUGACGGCUUCAAGCAUCUGUCCAAGAUUUGCCCCUCUCUUAUGGAAGAGCUGGUUGUCAAACUGGCACUUCCAGCUACUCAAGCUUACUUCAGUAUUCAAUCUGGAAUGGAUUUUCACAUCUUACCUGUGUCUCCUGCCAUGUCCCCUGCCGCCUGCCGCGGCAACCCGUCGCGGUCCGCCUCCGCCUCGGCCGUCGUGGUCGACACGGCCACCGGGUACCACCUCCUCAAGAUCGAAGGCUACUCGCUCACCAAGGGCAUCCCCACCAGCUUGAGCCUCAAAUCCAGCCAGUUCACCGUCGGCGGCUACCGCUGGCGCAUCGAUUACUUCUCCAACGGAGACUGCGCGGACUCCGCCGAUUACAUAUCGCUUUUUCUCUCGCUGGACGAAAGGGCCAACAAGGAUGUGAAGGUGCGGGCGAGCUGGAGAUUCCAGAUCGGUUACACUGGCAAUGUGGAUAAGCCGCCUUCGUUGUCAACGGCGAAAGCAUGUACUACUUUUGGUGUUGGACCUGAUGGUUCUUGGUCUUGGGGUUAUGACAGGUUUAUUAGAAGGGAAGAUUUUGAGAAGUCCGACAAUCUCAGGGAUGACUCUUUCACCAUCCGGUGCGACAUUGCCGUCGUCCGCCGAUUCCGCGCCGAGGAGACGACCGAGAUACUCCCUGUCGAAGCCUUUGUGUCCGUGCCCCCAUCCGACAUGAACCAGCAGUUCGGCGACCUGCUGGAGACCGAGAAGGGCGCUGACGUGGUGUUCGAGGUCGGCGGCGAGACGUUGGUGGCGCACCGGUGCGUGCUCGCGGCGCAGUCGCCGGUCUUCAGAGCGGAGCUCUACAGCUCGAUGAAGGAGGGUGACACUGCUGGAGUCGUGCGCAUCGAAGACAUGGAGGCGCAGGUGUUCAAGCUGCUGCUCCGCUUUGUGUACACCGACUCGUUGCCGGAGAUGGGGAAUGAUGAUGAAGACGUCAUGUGCCAGCAUCUGCUCGUCGCGGCGGACCGGUACAACCUGGAGAGGCUCAAGUUGAUCUACGAGGAGAAGUUGUGCAGCUACAUUAGCGUCGACGCUGUAUCGAACAUCCUGGCGCUGGCUGAUCAGCACCACUGCGACGGGCUGAAGAAAGCAUGCUUUCAUUUUCUGGCCUCACCGGGAAACCUGAAUGCUGUCAUCACCAGUGAUGGCCUCAAGCAUCUGAGCAGGAGCUUCCCCUCACUUAUGGAAGAGCUGGUUGCCAUGCUGGCGCCUCUGCUGAGUCAUGCUUUAGUGAUUUAG